AUGAUUAUCAGCGGCGCAGAAAGUGAAGUCGCCAACGAAGAAUAUGAUGACGAGGAUACCGGCGAAUCGCCCGAAGAAAGAAAGAAACGCAAGCGAAAGGAGGCUGCUACUCUAGCCAAAAUCAAGCAGAGUAAAGAGUUCGCUCGUCGCAAAGCUCGCCGCGACGAGGGAGAAGACGAUGAUGAUAUUGCACGGGAUAUGAUGUGCCAAAAGUCAAAGCCAUUGCCCGGACAGUUAGAGAACUGUGAGCUAUGCGAGAAAAGAUUCAUCGUCACACCGUACAGCAAAACUGGUCCCAAUGGUGGCCUUCUCUGUGCGAAAUGUUCCAAAGACUUGGCGAAUGACGAGAAGAAAGCAAAGCCGAAAAAGGCUGGGCGCAAAAGUGGUCGUCGCCAGAACCAAAGCAAGCUACUCGAUGGCAUAGCUCAACAAGGGGCUCCUAGUCUGGUAGAAUUGUGUACCAAGAAAGUUGCCGAUAAUAUUAACGAUGUCGAGGAGUUUGGCGACGUGCCCCCGCAGCUUGUUCAUCGACUCAGUCAGAUCUUAUCGAAGAGGCGUGUUCUCACUCCUCGUACGCUUCAGCUGUUUCUCCGCCCGGACUUUGAUUCUAUUAACAUCUACGACUGCGGUAAACUAGAAACGGACGAUUUUGAGAAAAUCUUUGCCUUCAUGCCGUUGCUGCAGAAUGUCAAUCUUCGCUUCGCUGGUCAAAUGAAGGAUAGGGUUCUAGAAUAUAUGAUGGAACGCCAAGUCAAGCUCAAAUAUCUGCAGCUUGACGCUGCUAAUCUUGUCUCGGAUGGUUGCUGGAGACAACUUUUCAUUAGGCUUGGCCCCCAGCUUGAAGGCUUGAGACUAUCAAAUCUUGAUUGCUCCCUAGACGACGAGACUGUCGAGAUUAUGAGCAGACACUGUCUGAAUCUUCGUCGCUUGAAACUCAAACAAUGCUGGAAAAUUGGAGACAAAGCAAUUGCUGCCAUGGCCGACUUGUCGAAUCUUGAACAUCUCUCUCUCGAUUUCCUGCAAGAAAUUAAACCGACACACGUGGUCAAUCUUGUGGAGAAACUUGGGCCUCAACUGCGCACUCUUUCUUUGCAUGGUCUCCACGACGCCGAUGAUCAGUUGCUUGAUGCAAUUCAUAGGCACUGCUCUCAGCUCGAGAAGCUACGGCUGUCUGAUAAUGCCGUCUGUACAGACAAAGGGUACGUCAGCCUGUUCUCAGGGUGGUCGAACCGACCUUUGAAAUUCGUCGACCUAUCAUCUACGCGGGAUGCCGACAACUCCAAUCCAGACGGGCCACAAGAUCCUGUAGGACUAGCGACGAACGGCUUCCUGGCCUUGAUGGAACACUCGGGUUCUAGGCUGGAGAAACUGAACAUCAGCUCCUGCCGUCAUAUAUCGCGUGAUGCCUUUGAAAAGGUGUUCAGUGAUGGCCGGGCGUACCCCGCCCUAAAGGAGUUGGACAUAUCAUUUCAGACGGUUGUGGACGAUUUCCUGGUAGCAUCGAUCUUCAAAUGCUGCCCAUCCUUGCAGAAACUGAUUGCAUUUGCAUGCUUUAAUGUGAAUAACGUGCGAGUCCCAGCAGGAGUGGCACUGAUUGGUGGUCUCCGGGCACAAGAUUCCAUCGUCGUUGAGGGGACGGACUACUGA